AUGUCGGAACGAAAAGUCCUCACCAAGUACUACCCGCCCGAGUUCGACCCCUCCAAGAUCGCGCGAACCCCCAAACACCUUCGACCGACAGGACCCAAGACCAUCCCAGUCCGACUGAUGGCGCCCUUCAGCAUGAAAUGCACAUCUUGUGGAGAAUACAUCUACAAAGGUCGGAAAUUCAACGCCAGAAAGGAAACGACCGACGAAAAAUAUCUCGCCAUCACCAUCUAUCGCUUCUAUAUCCGGUGCACAAGAUGCAGUUCGGAGAUCACCUUCAAGACGGACCCGAAGAACAUGGAUUAUACCUGUGAACGAGGAGCAAAACGCAACUUUGAGUCGUGGCGGAACCCUGAAAGCGAAGAGUUGAAGGAAACGGACGAACAGCGUCUGGACCGGCUCGAACGGGAGGAGAUGGACGAGGCCGAGAAUGCCGAAAGGAACGCGAUGGAAGAACUCGAGGAAAAAAUGGAAGAGAGCAAGCGAGAAAUGCAGGUCGCAGACGCCUUGGACGAAAUCAUGCAGAGGAACGCACGCAUAGAACGGGGCGAAAAGGGCGGCAAAGAAGACCAGGCCCUGGUCCAAGUUCGAGAUCUCGCUAGGGAACAAAGAGAGGCGGAAGAACGCGCAGAUGCCGAAGCUGCUCGAAGGGCUUUUGACGCCGCCAACGUCGAAAGAGCUCGGCUCGAAGAACAGGCAAAACUGCAAGCCCAGCCUGUAGAGUCGGCCAAAGAGUCACCGCCAGCACCGUCCUUCGAAAGGAUGAGGAAGCCCAAGAAAUCCCUUGUCCCGGGAUUGGUGCGUAAGGUCGAACCCGCUCCGAUAUCACAGCCGGUAGUGCCGCCAAAACCUGCUGGUCUGGAUCUCGGAGACUAUGGCUCUGAUGAUGACUAG